AUGCUCCCCGCCAAUGCUGUCGCCCUCAGGGCGCUGCGUGGCGUUAGAGCAACUCCGCCUUCCCUGCACCCCCGACUCUUCAGUGUGUCGACCGUCCGCCCGAACGAAAAGCCGCAGCAGUCGUUCAAAAGCCAGCUGUAUGAAAGCACCCAGCAGCGACUCAAGCGCGAGCGUGCCGAGCAGGAGCGAUUCGCCCAAUAUCAGACUCAGUCCCCUGGCGGUCGCUAUGCCGCCCUGAUGUUCGCCUUGGUCUUUUUCUCCGGCAGUGCGUACUAUCUAGGGUCACUCAAGCCGGCAGCUCUCCCGAAGUCGUCAACAAGCUCGCUUGCGGAUAUCGACGCUCCCCAACACAAUGUCUCGCCCUCCAACCUCCAGGCGGCGUGGGCGGAUUUCAUCGACAUUCUCGGUAAGGAGAACGUGUCGACUGCGCUCGGGGACUUGGAAAUGCACGCGGGUUCGGAUUGGUCGUCUUAUUCACGUGGGGAGAACGAAAAACCGUUUCUAAUUUUAUAUCCGUCGAGCACUGAGGAAGUCUCUCGGAUAAUGAAAAUCUGCCACCAACGCGUCAUCCCCGUCACGCCAUACUCGGGCGGCACGAGCUUGGAAGGCCAUUUUGCCUCGACCAGGGGAGGGGUAUGCAUUGAUUUUCGUCGUAUGGAUCGCAUCCUGGGGCUUCACAAGCGCGAUUUGGAUGUGGUGGUGCAGCCGGCCGUCGGAUGGGAGGAGUUGAACGAAGAGCUGUCCAAGGAUGGCUUGUUCUUCCCCCUGACCCCGGGCCCGGGGCCAUGA